CAAUGAUCUAAAUCUUAAUAUGAGUCCGAGGUGCUUACACUAGGGCAGGUCAUGGAUGAGUGAAAAAGUUGCAGAUUUUGGUCACGUGCAUCGGCAUUUUUCAAGAUUUUGCGGUUUUGAAGCCUCUGGAGGAGCUGGUUUGGCCUGAGAUGCCCUUUGCUCCCCCCGAGAGCGACUACGGCGAUGGCGACAAUGAGACGAUGGAGCACCUAGGGCAGUUCCGGGAUACUUCGGUAUGUCCUUCUAGUGCCAGUGGAUCUUCGUCUCAGGCCACCCCAAAGGAGCUAGAGCUCUUCUGGAACUUGAUGAAUGCCACCUCAGUUUGCAAAGUGCUUGAUGAGGUGGACAGUUCAGGUGAAGAGUCAACUAGCGCCGGCAGCAGUGGGUCGCCUAGCAGCUCCUCCUCCUCAACAGACAGUGCCGAUGUGAAUGCAACCAACCUCGCAGCAGAAGCUAUGCAGAAGGAGCAAAGGGUAGAGCAGCCCCAGGCAGGUGUCAAGAUACAAGUGUUGGUUCCAACACAUCUCGAAUGCGUACCUGUGGGACCCCUUGGUCUGAUUUUUGGUGGAUGUUUUGCAGUACAGGCAAAUGCUACCCUCUCUGCUUGGAUCUCAGCUAGUGCUGCCUUUGAAACUCAAGAAACAUAUAACAUACAGUAUAUCAUACCUAUUAUAUCAUAA